UGUUACGUAUCCGAUGCAAAUGAAGAUGGAGGCACGUCAUGAAACAAAAGCUUGUGCUGUAAUGGAAUAUAAGAUUGGACUAAACUAUUAAAAUCGGUGUUCUGUCUGCAUUUUAAUGGAGAAUAACAAAGCCAACACCUGAGCAAACAUUCUGCUGUAAUCACACAUCCUCUCUGUACAAGCAAACCACACCAUCAUUGACUGAACACUGCUUCAUCACAAGUAUUCUGACAUUUCUGGAAUGAAGGACUACAUUUGCACCAGCUGCUCUGAUGCUACUCCAACUCCUUCAAAAGUAUCAAUAAGGAAUGAAUUUGAAUGAAGGACAGAAAACGGGUUCUAUCAGCUGCUUAUCAUGCGUUCAGGGAGCCGUGUACAGACAAAAUCAUCUCAGUUAAAGAAGCCGACAACAGAUAUGGUGACAUAGUGGUGUUUAAUAUGGAGGAGACCAGCUCUUUGAACAUCUCUGUUCUUUACUCACAAUGUUUUUAUACACAGACAUAAAUUGAUGGUGUAAAUGGAAAGAAUCUGAGAUUUGACUCGAUUUUGCCUUUUGCCCCUCGUUUAUUUUAUUUAUUCAUUUGUUUUCUGUGGGCUGGGGGGGUGGGGGGGUCAUCCCCACGAUGCUGGGUGCUGGCUGCGUGCGACGUCUCCUCCGCCAGCUCACGCUCCAGACCAUCUUUCUCCUUCUCUUCCUCUUGUGCAUGCUCAGCGUCUUCAUUUCUGCCUACUUCCUGUAUGGCGUCAAAAGGGAGUUUGAGCCUUCUGCUGGAGUCGUGCCAGAGGACUGCGAUGAUGAUGUCACGGCAUCACGGCUCCUGCCGCUCCAGGAUGAAGUGGCCGGAGAUGCGGCGGCAGAUGGCAGCCAGACCGACCCGGUGGUUCUCGUGUUUGUCGAGAGUCAGUACUCCCAGCUGGGUCAAGACAUCGUAGCUGUGCUGGAGUCGGCCCGAUUCCGGUACCACACAGAGAUCUCUCCAGGAAAAGGAGACAUGCCUACGCUGACAGAGCGCGACCGAGGCCGCUUCGCUCUCAUCAUCUACGAGAACAUCCUGAAGUACGUCAACAUGGACGCCUGGAACAGGGAGCUGCUGGAUAAAUACUGUGUGGAGUAUGGAGUGGGAAUUAUCGGCUUCUUCAAGGCGAAUGAGAACAGUCUCCUGAGUGCCCAGCUGAAAGGUUUCCCUCUGUUCCUGCACUCAAAUUUGGGUCUAAAGGACUGCACCGUCAACCCCAAAUCACCCCUCCUGCACAUCACCCGCGCCCACGAGGUGGUCAGAGGUCCUCUGCCUGGUGAUAACUGGACCGUGUUCCAGUCCAACCACUCCACAUAUGAGCCAGUACUGUUAGCGAAGACCCAGUCAGCAGAGAACAUAGGCCUACACGCCGUCCUCCACACAUCCGUGGUUCAGGACCUCGGCCUCCACGAUGGCAUCCAGCGCGUGCUGUUCGGCCACGGCCUGGCCUUCUGGCUACACAAGCUCGUGUUCGUGGACGCUGUGGCCUUCCUCACAUCUAAGAGGCUCUCACUGUCCCUGGAUAGAUAUGUUCUGGUCGACAUUGACGAUAUCUUCGUUGGAAAAGAGGGCACCAGGAUGAAGAUGGCUGAUGUAGAGGCACUGGUACAGAUGCAGGACGAGCUGCGGAAGUCAAUCCCAAACUUCACCUUUAACCUUGGCUUCUCAGGGAAGUUUUACCAUGCAGGUACAGAUGAGGAGGAUCUGGGUGAUGACCUGUUGUUAUCGUAUGUUAACGAGUUCUGGUGGUUUCCACACAUGUGGAGUCACAUGCAACCUCACCGCUUUCAUAACCAGAGCGUGUUAGCAGAACAGAUGCUCUUGAACAGACGCUUCGCUGAGGAGCACGCUAUCCCCACACACCUGGGUUAUGCAGUGGCUCCUCAUCACUCAGGCGUCUACCCCAUUCACGUGCAGCUCUACGAGGCCUGGAAGAAAGUGUGGGGCAUCCGAGUGACCAGCACAGAGGAGUAUCCUCAUCUCAAACCUGCCCGCUACCGCCGCGGCUUCAUCCACAGCGGCAUCAGCGUGCUGCCGAGGCAGACUUGUGGUCUGUUCACUCACACUAUCUUCUAUAAAGAUUACCCAGGAGGCCCUCAGGAGCUCGACAAGCUCAUCAACGGAGGGGAACUCUUCCUCACUGUAUUACUCAACCCAAUUAGUAUCUUUAUGACUCAUCUUUCUAAUUAUGGAAAUGACCGUCUGGGGCUGUACACUUUUAAGAAGCUGCUGCGUUUUCUGCAGACCUGGACUCACCUGAGGCUGCAGACCCUGCCUCCUGUUCAGCUGGCUCACAAAUACUUCAGCCUCUUCCCGUCAGACAGAGAGCCACUCUGGCAGAACCCUUGUGAAGAUAAGAGACACAAGGAUAUCUGGUCUAAAGAGAAAACAUGUGAUCGCUUCCCUAAGCUGCUUGUGAUUGGGCCACAGAAAACAGGGACAACCGCUCUGUAUCUGUUCCUGGGCUUGCACCCUGACCUCAUUGGCAACUAUCCCAGCAAAGAGACAUUUGAAGAGAUCCAGUUCUUCAAUGGGCGCAAUUACCACAGAGGAAUAGACUGGUACAUGGAGUAUUUCCCCCUCCCCUCCAACACCAGCUCAGAUUAUUACUUUGAAAAGUGCGCUAACUACUUUGAUUCUGAAUUAGCAGCGGCCAGAGCAGCAGCUCUCCUGCCUAAAGCUAAAAUCAUCACCGUCCUCAUCAGUCCUGCAGAAAGAGCCUACGCCUGGUACCAGCACCAGAGAGCACAUGAUGAUCCAGUGGCUAUGAAAUACUCUUUUCAUGAUGUCAUCACUGCACCCCGUGAUUCUCCUGCAAAGCUGCGCGUCCUACAGAGCCGCUGUCUGGUGCCGGGGUUGUAUGCCAUUCACCUCGAGCGCUGGCUUACACACUACCACCCCAAUCAGAUUAUGGUUGUGGAUGGACAGAUGCUGAAAACUGAACCAGCAUUAGUCAUGGAUAAAGUCCAGAAGUUUUUGGGAUUAACGAAUACCGUGAACUACCACAAGAUCCUGGCGUUUGAUCCUAAAAAAGGUUUCUGGUGUCAGCUCCUGGAGGGAGGAAAGACUAAGUGUCUGGGAAAAAGUAAAGGAAAGAGAUACUCAGAUAUGAAGUUAGAGUCCCAGUUGUUUCUAAGAGAGUACUACAGAGAUCAUAACAUUGAGCUGUCAAAGCUGCUGUACAGGAUGGGCCAGCCUUUACCCACAUGGCUCAAAGAUGAACUUCUUAACACUAGGUAGCUUUGAGCCUUGUUCCUCCCCUCUGUCUGACAAUGGUACAGUCGCCAGCACCAGUCAUUGGUCUGAAGUGGAAUAAACCAUCAAUAUUGUCAUGGGUGAGGAAGUCAUGUCACAGUGGAUUUCCCCUGUUGCGUUCAGAAUAUAAAGUGGUUUGUAAAAUAUAACAUCUCUACAUCUGCUUAUUAAAACCCCCAUGGGGUAGUAUGUUAUGUCACAGACUCAUCCGAAGAGGAACUGGUACAUCCUCUCACUAUAUCGUGACAGAUCUAAGUGCGUCAUGCUUGAUAUGGUAUUUAGUACUGGCUUCUCUCACUUCUUCUUGAUAAGAGGAAGAUUAAAACACAUCAGAUGUGCUGAGAUAAGCCAUGUCAGCAGAACCGGAACUUGCUAUUUCCUCAUCUGCAAAGAAUAAAUGCACUGACCAUGAUGGUAUGGACGAACUGCCGUUUCUUCACCUCAGGACUUCUCUGUUUUGGAGCCACCGGAGCAAGAGUGUGUAUUUUAAAAGUGCCAGUAAUUAAAGGCUGCACUGGGGUUUUGUACAGUGUAACUACAUCAUGCUCUUUAUAUGUAUAUGACCUAAUUACAAAGCCCUUGUUCAGCAUGACCCUGAUACAGUGCCACAGCAGCCAUCAACACUAAACGAAUGAGUCGUAAUUAAACGCAAAGCCUGAUCGGUAUUGAUAUAAUAAUUUUUUUUUUUAAUGAUUGUUAAGGGGGUAAUGAUUUCCCACAGCUAAUUUCUUGACGUUUGUCUACUUAUUGUAUCCUGAAUCAUCACCAACUUAAUACAGCUCUAACAGGUAACAUUUC